AUGGAGGUGUUUGUGGACGAUGAGACCAAGCUGACGCUGCACGGCCUGCAGCAGUACUACUGCAAGCUGAAGGAUAGCGAGAAGAACCGCAAGCUCUUUGAACCUGCUCGACGUGCUCGAAGUGUACAUUUAUUUGACCAGGGUAAAGCCAGGGUGCCAUAUCAGAUGCAGCAUGGGUUUUGUGCCCCAUGUUUGUCUUCGGUGUCUCACUGCUAUUUUCUCCCCUGUCUGAAUGUGGUGAUCUUUGUGAAGACUGUGCAGCGCUGUGUGGCUCUGUCUCAGCUGCUGGUGGAGCAGAACUUCCCUGCAAUCGCCAUCCACAGGGGCAUGGCCCAGGAGGAGAGGCUUUCCCGGUACCAGCAGUUCAAGGACUUCCAAAGGCGGAUCCUGGUGGCCACCAACCUGUUUGGCCGAGGGAUGGACAUUGAGCGCGUCAAUAUCGUCUUCAACAACGACAUGCCCGAGGAUUCCGACACCUACCUGCACAGAGUGGCCCGUGCAGGCAGGUUCGGGACAAAUUCAUUAUAUCGGUCCAUGGCCCUGUACAGCAGAUGAUUCUAGAUAACGAGAUGAAUCUAAUGA